AUGUCUGCCCUGCGGUACAGGACUCGCGGCAACUUGGGACUGCGAGCUCCUGCAGCAAGCCGUCCGACGGCUAACAUCCAACGAUCGCCGCUUGGUGGGCGUCGAUUUGAGUCAUUUUCCGAAGAUCCCUAUGUCUCCGGCAAGCUCGCUGAACCAGGCAACACUGCAAGACUGAUAACCGAAGUCCCGAAAGCCAACCCCAAGACGGCCAUUGUGACCCAGAGCGGGACGCCCAUCACCAUGACUCCCUGGUCUACUCCCUCCACUACCCAUCUACACUUGUGGUAUGGAGGGAAUGAGGGCGGCAAUGGACUUGCGGAUGUCAUAUUCGGUGAUGUUGCUGCCAGCGGUCGGCUUCCGCUGGCAUUUCCUGUUCGGUGUCAAGAUAAUCCAGCAUUCUUGAAUUCCCGGUCUGAAGGUGGCAGGAUCCUGUGCGGCGAGGACAUCUAUGUUGGCUACCGAUAUUGCGAAAAGGCACAGCGCGAAGUGUUGUUCCCGUUUGGGCAUGGCCUUAGCUACACGAGCUUUGAGUUCAGUGAUGUUGUCGUAUCAGACGACUCGGUCAAGCUGACCGUGACGAAUACUGGUGAACGCUCAGGCUCCGAGACCGUCCAAAUUUAUAUUGCGCCUCCAGAGGCCGCACGCACGCCGUUGGCGAUUGAAAUCGAUCGACCUGUGAAAGAAUUGAGAGGCUUUGCAAAAGUCCAUCUAGACCCCGGCUCAAGUACGACUGUGACGAUCAAGCUCGACAAGUUUGCCGGAGCAUUCUGGGAUGAGAAUGAUCUAUGUUGGGUCGUUUCCGCAGGAACUUACCGGCUCCUGAUUGGAAAGAGCAGUCGGGAUAUUGCCUUGGAACGUCAAUGGACAGUCAAGGAGACGAGAAGAUGGACAGGACUAUGACUGAUACAGUGCAGACAGCCUCAAAUUGUAAGUGGUGGUUCAUCUUCUUUCGGCUGACGCUCUCACUCGUGGACGGCAUGACCUUGCGAAGCCAGCCAUCUCUCACUGGUGAGAGUGGUUACAACCAGCAGAUGUAUUCGAGCCUAUGGCAUGGUGGACUGCGUUGAUUGGCUCGAAAGGCAGCGCUUUCAUGCUUGUGUUGUCCUUCGCUAGCGGACUCAAGAUCUUCAGGCACAACUACUUAACAAUUCACGACGUUGCACUUGCUUACCUCGAUUGUUCUACCUCUUUUCCUCUGGAUUCCCUUUCG